GCUGAUGCUGCGAGGAGCAAUUUAUUGUGAUUUCCAUCAGGUCGAAAUGAAACGCGGUCAAGCAGAAGGGACAAGGACGCUGAAAUAACUCAAGGGAGGACGAUAAUGCUCAUGUGAGAUGCUCGACCUUUUUCUCGCCCAGACUUUUAUCAGCCAGGGAGUUGUCUGUGUUUCAAUGCACUUGUCUCGCUCUGUUCUUGCGGCGAACUGGCACUGAAUCGAGGAAAAAGAAGCAGAUGCAACGGUUUUAUGAACUGCACACACACACACAGAGAAUCGUUCAGAGGAUUACUGAAAGCUCAGAGUGUCAGUGUAUGACGCUAUCCAGCAGUGAGGUCCCUGUCUGAGAAGCGCAGUGGAGAAAGCUGCUCCCACAGACUUCAGGACUUCAGAAACUGUCCACAUUAGAUCAUAUGAGUGCAGCUUUCAGCACACCGUUCAUGAUGAUGCAGCGUCCGGUGGGAAGCACCACUGCAUUCAGCAUUGACUCGCUCAUCGGCGGUCCGCCGCAACCCAGUCCGGGACAUUUCGUGUACACGGGUUAUCCCAUGUUCAUGCCUUACCGGUCAGUGGUGCUUCCUCCGCCGCCUCCUCCACCGCCUCCAACACUCCCCCAGAGCGCUCUCCCCGCGACCCAUCCGCACCACCCGAUCCCGGGUUUACCCAGCAGCUUCUGCUCCAGCCUAGCGCAGGGCAUGGCGCUCACAUCCACGCUAAUGGCCACAUUACCCGGCGGCUUCUCCUCCUCACCGUCCCAGCAGCACCAGGACGCGGCGAGGAAGCUCAGCUCUCAGUCUAUUCACGCCAUGUUCGACAAAUCUCAGGAUAUUCGUUUGGAUGGAGAGGAUGGGAAAACGUUUGCGACGAAAGAUUCGACAAGCAUUCCGUCGUUCCACGAUUCGCAGUCCGUACACACCUCUACAGUGCGAGGUCACAGCAAAGACGACUCGAAGGAGGAUGAGUGUCACAGGAAAGACGAGAGCUUCUCCAUGGACAGUGAUUUAGAUUACAGCUCCGAUGAUAACGGGCCCGGGAACGCCAUGUGUCAAAAGGAAGACGGAGACGGCAGCGGAGGUCUGGACGACGGCGUUCACGGUGGGAAUGGGGGCGGGAACACCACAUCCACCGGGAAAAAUCGGAGAAGGAGGACCGCUUUUACAAGCGAGCAGCUGUUGGAACUGGAGAAGGAGUUUCACUGUAAGAAAUAUCUGUCCCUCACAGAACGCUCGCAAAUCGCGCACGCCUUAAAGCUCAGCGAGGUGCAGGUCAAGAUCUGGUUUCAGAACCGGAGGGCCAAGUGGAAACGGGUCAAAGCGGGCAACGUCAACAGCAAAACCGGAGAGCCCUCCAGAAACCCCAAAAUCGUGGUGCCCAUUCCGGUGCAUGUUAGUCGGUUUGCGAUACGCAGCCAACACCAACAGUUAGAACAGGCCAGGCCGUGAUACACUGGGCUUUAGUUACCACAGGACAAAUUGGAGACUCAAAUCGGCCAAUACUAAUUAUGACCAAACUUUUCUUGAGACCCAGAGGAAACUCCUUACAGUUUGGCUGAUAGUUUGUGCUAUAUAUAUAUUAAUUCCGUGGAAAAAGAAGCUCGAAAGACAGUUUCAAACUAAGACCUCUUUCUGGGAGAAAAUUGCUGUUUUAUUUCCGAGUUUGGACCAAAUCACGAACACAAUUUAGUUCUAGAUAUUCCACUGUGUAUUUAAAAGAGAUAAUCGGUUUUAUGUUUAGUUUUGUGUGACUGUCCAGUUCGUGUGUUUAUUGGCAGAGAUGAACAUUAUCCUAAAAGGAGCACUUCUGGUCUCUGCUGAAGCACAUGAUAUAAUCCAAUUAAUAGUCAAAUUAACACCAUUCCCUCGGAUUUAUAAAAACAACCUGUUUUUACAAAUGUGCUUACAUUUUUUUAUGGUCAAAUUUUUUAUUUCAAUGUUUUGCUUUGUUUUGUUUUAUUGCAAUCGUUUCUCUUAACCUGUAACCAUUUCAGACAUCACGAGCACGCUGCUAAUUUAUUUAAUAUUGUGAGAAGAAA